AUGCCAAUUACUAUAAGAAGGGCUACUGUCAACGAUAUCAUUUGCAUGCAAAAUGCAAAUUUGCAUAACUUGCCUGAGAAUUAUAUGUUGAAGUAUUAUAUGUAUCAUAUUUUAUCAUGGCCAGAGGCUUCAUUUGUUGCGAUUAAUACUGAUUGUUCUAAUGAGAUUUCAAAUAUUGAAGAUAAGGAUGAGGAAUCUUUAGAGAUUGAGGAUGUUGAAAAUUCCAAGAUGGUAAAGUUAGACCCUACUUAUGUUGGGCCAGGUGAGAAAUUGGUUGGCUAUGUGUUGACUAAAAUGAAUGAUGAUCCUGAUCAACAAAACGAACCACCAAACGGCCACAUAACGUCCUUAAGUGUUAUGAGAACUUAUAGAAGAAUGGGUAUUGCUGAAAAAUUGAUGAGACAGGCAUUAUUUGCAUUGAGAGAAGUUUAUAAAGCUGAAUACGUUUCUUUACAUGUUAGAGAGUCCAAUAGAGCAGCUUUGCAUUUAUACAAGGAUACUUUGGAAUUCGAAGUUCUAAGUGUAGAGAAAAGUUAUUAUCAAGAUGGUGAAGAUGCUUACUCGAUGAAGAAAGUAUUAGAUUUAGAUGAAUUGCAUCCAAAGAAUUUUGCUCAUCGUGGCAAGGAUAAAGAAAAUGUCUUGGAAGAUGACUUGGAAAGUGAUCUCUUGGAAGAUAUUUUAAAGGAAGGUAUCGAAAGUAUCGUUGUAUAA